GGCUGCCGUAGCAGAGCGGCGGCGGCGCCACGUCCCCGGCCGCGGCGGGAGAGGCAUCCGUUGGGCCUCGGGGCGGGUGACCAUGGCCUUUACGCUGUACUCGCUGCUGCAGGCGGCUCUGCUGUGUGUCAACGCCAUCGCCGUGCUGCACGAGGAGCGCUUCCUCAAGAACAUUGGCUGGGGAACAGACCAGGGAAUUGGUGGAUUCGGAGAAGAGCCAGGAAUUAAAUCUCAGCUAAUGAACCUUAUUCGAUCUGUACGAACCGUGAUGAGAGUGCCAUUGAUAAUAGUAAACUCAAUUGCAAUUGUAUUACUUUUACUAUUUGGGUGAAGAUCAAUGGGGGAAGUGGAGACUCAGAAGAAGAGCUGUCAGAAGUUACUACUUCAGUCUUUAUUGGAAUAUACAUAUCUUAUUUACCUGGCUGUCCUUGGACUUGACAAAAAUCUAAACCUGACAAUAAAACCUGCGUCCCUAUUUAUCUGAUUUUUUACAUGUUGCACUUACAGUUUCGUUACAAAAAGAUCAGAUCAUCAGAGGCAGUAACUAUCCAGGAUUGGAUACAUUUGAUUGCUAACUAUUAACAAGAGUUCAUGCUAUGGUAAAGAUUGUUUAAAGGGUACAGGACUGUCACUUCUGUGUUUUUAGAGAUUUUUCUCUUUCACUUCUCAGGGAUGAAUUUUUUCUUUCAAAGUUUUGAAGUUCCUUGUGACUUAGCCAUGAUGUAAGAAUGAUUGUCCUCCUAGGUAAAAUUUAAAGGAUUUUUGAAAAGUAAUUCCUACAUAUAAAAUGAUAAAUAGGUAAUUUGGAUUAUUUUAUUUUAACUCUUUGGUUAAAUACUUUAUCUGUAUACUGUCUCAGCUAUGAAAAAUUCAAAUUUGUAGUAACUAUUGAGGAGCAAUACUCUGACUUCAGGGAGAUUCCUAAUUUUGUAAGUCAGAGAGACACAUGAUGAUUGUGUUUUUAUUUUUAAGUUCUUUUCAUGUGUUUGUUGUUUUAUUAAUUGGCCUGAGUGAUGAGCCCAGAUCAGUAUCUACGUAUUUCCAUUGGUAAAAAAAUCUGUGUGGAAAAGUCUAUGUCCUUUUAACAAUGAUGACUUAUUUUAUAAAAUCAGCGUAAAAGCCUGCAAGAGCAAUCCUAAACAAUCACCACUGAACCAUACUGUGUAAGAAGACUUUAUUGUCAUAUGUUUACUCCCCCAAAUUAUCACGUUUCCAUUUCUUGGAGUAGCGCAUUGAGGGGUGUGAUUUGUAAUUCUUCAUUCUGUCAGUCAGUAGAACAUUCAUGGUAGAUAAAUUGUUUUUUGUUUUGUUUUUAUGUCUUAGACCAUCCCGUAUUUGUUUAUCUCAUAAUACUGUUUUAUACAGAAAGAUUAAAACUAUGUAAAUGGUUUUUCUGGAAAUUAGUUAUAAUAUGUUAAAGGGGAUGGAAUGGCAUCUUUGUUUACAGGAGAACAUUUGUAAAUAAAGUUAAAUUUCCAACUCAAGCAUUUGUUUUUGUACCUUAGUACAUACCUGUUGGUGUUAACUGAAUUAAUCUCAUUUUGUGUGUAAUACUUCAUAUAUGUGUUCUUUGCUAUAAAAUCACUGAACACAGAUUUAAGGGAAGUAAACAUACACAUUCCAUUUUUUUUUCAAUGAAUUAACUGAAUUGCUGUCAUCAUCAAGAAGACUCAUGUCAACUAUUAUUCUGUGACUUAAAUUCCUUCUGAAACGUUGGAACAGGUAUUGGAUGCCUGUUGGCCGUGCCUCAGCUGGAGGGGUGGAAGAUCCCUGGGCCGUGGGGUCCUUGCAACUGAACCAGAGAACUGUACCGGGAACCCUUAGUUGAUUACUUGGCUCAUGUGAGUAACGUAUUUGGCACUUACAGGCAAUGUUCUUUUGGCCUUACAAAGAUCUGAUGCAUGAGUCUGAGUUUAAGCCACUAAGAAGAUUUAAAAGAAGAAGUUAAUUGAGGGCACUCCCACAGUCCAUGAGCCAUACAGAAUUUUAAAAAGAAAAGAGAGACCUUCGCCUGAUAUUUUCAUGUGAGCCAUUACUACACACCUUCACGCUCAUUUAGUGUCAGGAUACUGUUCAUAUUCCAGUGGGGAACAGUCCCAGCAGGGCAGCAUCAGAGAAUUCUGUAGCAAAGCGGUUCUAAGCAGUGAAACAUGAACAUCGAAAUAUUUUCUCUCUUGAGACCACUUAGAAAAUUCUAGCUUUACUGUGCCUGAAGAGGAGGUCUGUAAGCUUUCACAGGUUAACCAUGGUUCCCCCAGUGCAGUUGCAACUCUAACUACAGCAUCGUAUUUUAGUAGACAGUAACUUAAGUGCCUGCUUGCCUGCCCACAUCCUGUCCCUUAGCCAUUUCUAGGACUAACAGUUUGUGAUCGUUCUGGACUCCAAAUACUCAUGAUGUUAAUGGUUUGAUGUAUUCCGGAACUGUAUCUAUAUGCCUGUCUCCUGUGGUGAAGACUCUAUCAGUGUUAACCAGAUUAAUACCUUAAUCCGUAAUCAAGUACAGUGGUUUUCAAACUUCGAUUGUUAACAGCAGGACCAGAUUGUCAAAGGAAUAGUGACAACUGUAAUGCUCCAAUAUCUAAAACAGAUGAGGCAGGUCAAUUUCUUUAUUUCAGUUGAAUCAGGGAUAAGGCCCAAAGACCCACUGUUCAGCCUCCCCCUCACUUUGAUCAAGCUUCCUAGAGUGCUUCCACAAAACCCUGAGCCUUUAAAAACAUGAUUAAAUGGUAAUUUUUUUAAAUCCCUGCUUUAUAUAGAGUAGGCAAGGUAAUCUGUGUUCUAUAGGUGUAUAUAGUGGCAUGUGUAUAUGUGCUUGUGAAAUGACUUGAGAAAAAGCAGUAUGUUUAAGUACAAUAGGCAGGAUAUUGCUGAAAUGCCAACCAGAACCUUCUGUCAUGUGACUUAAAUAAACUUCCUAACUCCUCCUCA